AUGUUUCAUAUAGAAGAUGAAAUUAUAGAUGCAACUGGGAGUUGUUUCGGCCAAGGAAAUUUAACAGUAUAUCUAGCUUCAGAAUUCACGCUGAACCUGGAUAAAGGAGGAGGGUUAAGGGGUGAGGCCAGCAACCUGCCCCUCGUAAAAAGAAAAAACGCUCACAGAACUGUCACAUUAGCCUCGGAAACUGGACGGAGCAUUGACGACGACACGGCACGAAAACGGAAAAAACAAGUAUGGACAGAAAACAUAGUAAGACUCGGAAGUUGGAACAUUACAUCAUGGAGCAACAAAGACUAUGAGGUGGUCUUAGAAAUAGAGAAAAACAAAAUAGAUUUCUGCGCACUUUCAGAGACCAAGAAGAAAGGCAAUGGCAGUCAAAGGUACCAAAACUACAUACUGUUUUAUAGUGGAGUCGACAAGAACUUGCGAGCACGGGGAGGAGUAGGGUUACUAGUGAAUAAAAAAUUUGAAAAAGAUAUUAAGGAAGUACAGUAUAUAAGUCAUAGCAUCAUACAGAUAACAAUAGAGCUGGCCAACGAAAGAACACACCUACUAAGUAUAUAUGCACCGGAUGUAAGCAAACCGAAAGAAGAAAGGGAAGCUUUUUUUGAUGCCUUGCAAGCUACGUUAGACAAAAUAACCAGUAAAGACAAAGUGUUUAUUAUGGGCGACUUUAACUCAAGAAUUGGAAACACAGUUAUCCCAGGAAUCAUGCAUAGUUUCAACGAAGAAGCAGUGAAUGAUAACGGAGAUAUAUUGAUAGAUGUAUGCGCCCUCAACGAAUUACGUAUAAACAACACAUAUUUUGAUCAUAAGGAACAACAAAAGUACACCUUCGCUAACACGAGAGGCCAAAAAUCAACUAUUGACUACAUAAUUACAAACUGGAAAGUCCACCCCUCCCAGAUACUUGACGUACGGGUAUUAACAUCGGCAAAUAUCGGCACACAACACGGUUUAGUAUUGUGUAAAUACCGCAGUCGCUUAAGGAUGAAAGCAUUAAAUACCUCUAUCAAAACAGACUCCGCGAAAAAAUUGUCCAAAACCUGGGAGAAACUAAAGAAUAACAUAAAGAACAGGGCAAAGGAAUCCCUAGGAGAAAGAACAAUAGACACGAAUAGAACACACAAUAAACCCUGGUUCACUCUAGAAAUUAAGGAACUGGCAAAUGAAAAAAAGAAAGCGUACAUAAAAUACAUUACCAAUAGAACACAGGAAGAAUACGAAGUCUAUAAAAGAAUGAGAAAUAGAACAACCAACACAAUAAAAGAACUGAAAAAAACAUACUGGGAAAAUUUCUCAGUGGAAAUGGAACAUGAUUUGUACGGAGGCCAGAAAAAAAUAUGGAACAUGAUACGAAAAAGGAAGAAACCAAUCAACGAGGAGGUAGUGAUAAAUGUUAUAAAUCAGGAAACAUGGGCAGCACAUUUUGAGAUCCUAUAUGAUAACAACGGAAGCAGGGACGAAGAAGAAAUCGCAAACCCGCCAUCCCCAAACGAACAGGAAGAAACCAUCACAUUAGAAGAAGUACAAACAACCAUAAAGAAACUAAAGAAUAGAAAAUCACCAGAAAGAACUGGAGUAAUACCCGAAGAAUGGAGAACUAGUAUAACUAUACCUAUAUACAAGAAAGGUUUAAAAUCAGAUCCGAAGAAUUACAGAGGCAUAACGCUACUUAGUAGUGUGUUAAAGUUAUUUACCAAGAUACUUGCAAAUAAGAUAACUGCUAAGAUCUAA